AAUUUCAGAUCUUUGGAAAUCCCUCGAGGUUAAUUUAUUUGCAGCUGUGUUAAAGAAGUCUAAUGGUUGCGUUCAAGUUGGAACUUUGUAGCAGAUGCCGGUCGGGUCCCUCAUAAAUUUACGGUCUCACUGGGGUCAAAGGGGCGGGAGCUGAACAAUAACAUAACAAUAACAUCACAUAUUCCAGAAGAGAGAUGACCUGUUGACUGACAUUUUGGCAGUAAGGAACGAUCGCUCUGUGCAUUCUGCAACGAAAACAUGGAAAGCAGUUGAGCCCUGCAGGCUAAUGUGUAUACAUAUGGCCUGUAUUAGAAGAAAGCUCUGAGAAAGUUUAUAAUCGACACAAUGACUCUGAGUGUUGACGGCUUUCUCGCCAAGAUUGGCAGCAUGGGCCGGUUCCAAUGGAUUCUGGUCUGUGUGGUGGGUGUCAUGUUGGUCCCCGUCACGUUUCAGACCCUGAUCAUGACGUUCCUCGGUUUAGAGCCCCCCUGGAGGUGCGUCCGUAACAGCUCCGUUUGUAACUUCACUCAGGAAUUCAGUCCAACGGGUGAUGAUCCAAACAAGAAUUUUAGAUGCCGCAUUAAUGAGAGUGAAUGGGAGUUUACCAAACCUUACACGUCCAUCGUCACCGAGUGGCGUCUGGUUUGUGGCAAAUCUAUACUGGGUGUUCUGACCAACUCUAUCAUGUUCUUCGGCUGGUUUGUUGGAAAUGUGGUGUUUGGAAUCUUGUCAGACAAAUAUGGUCGUCGUAAGAUUCUCUUUCUGUCUUCCAGUCUCGUGUGCUGGGUGGCCUUUGCAAGUUCUUUUGUCCCGUGGUACUGGCUUUAUGCCAUCCUCAGAUUCAUCAUCGGCUUUGGUCUAGGAGGAGCCAUUGUGUGCCUUUUCAUUAUGGCCACUGAGUACGUAGGUCCCAAGCACCGCGCCAUGGCAGGCACCUUUACGUGGUACUUUUGGACCGGGGCUCUGAUGAUGAUAGCUUUGUUGGCUUACCUGAUAAGGGACUGGAGGAAACUUUCUAUGAUCACCUCUGCUCCAGGCCUCUUGCUGUUCAUCUUUUGGAUACUUGUUCCUGAGUCAGUUCGCUGGCUGACGACGCACAAAAGAACCGGAGAGGCGGAGAAACUUUUGAAGCGAGUGGCAAAAACUAACAAGAAAACAAUGCCCGAGGAGAGCCUGGGUCUACCGGAAGAUCAAAAAGUCACAGAACGGGAAGCGGGUUUUAUGGAUUUGUUUGGAUCCCGUUCGAUGACAAAGAAAACUGUUAUCUCUUGGAUUUCUUGGUUUGUUAAUGCUCAAGUGUACUUUGGUGUAUCGUUAGGUUCUGUUCUGUUAGGUGGCAACAUGUAUCUUAAUUUCUUCCUCACUUCGCUGGUCGAAAUUCCUGGCAACGCCUUUGCAAUAUACGCCAUGAACAGGUUGGUCUGCUGUCAACUUACAGGAAAUUUAUUUAAAGAAGUUAAGACGUUUUUAUGGAGGGGCUGUGUUCCAGAUUUAGUUUCGUGAUAGCUUUGACAGUAAUAAACAAACUAAAU